UUCCCUGAGGAAUGAGAUGAAGAUUUUUCAUGUAGAGGAACAUGGAGUGUCUGUUGAGGAAGUGCAUGAGGUCACCAGAUUCCAUGCUAAGAUUCUCCAUCCCAAGUUCUCAGUUAUCUCUGUUAUACUGAGCUAUAUCUUUUCGCGGAACAUAGAUGUCCACUGUGAGCUGAUGCUCUAUCUGACAGUGAAAAAGCAAACACUAAUUCCACGCCUAUACCUGUUCCCCAGAAACCCCAGCCAAAUACAGGCUGUGGAACAACAGGAAAAGUCUGAAGGGUCUUCAAGGGUUCUCAUCUCAAGACCAGAGCAGGCCUUCAAACUGAAUAGUUACUUCAGACUGAACAUUCCCUGUUCUACCUACAUCAAUCCACCGAAGAUUCAUCUCAUACAUAGAGACUCCACACCAAGCUUUUUCAGGGCGGUUGUGAAAAUGACAGGGGUUGACAUUGAGAUGGAAUUAUUCGGUGAUGAUGAGAGGAUUGCAUGGAAAGAAGUGGUAUCACAAGAUGAAUACAUCACUGCCACCCAUUCAACAACAUUAACAGUCCCUGACAUUCCUGCUGAGGAGUUUCUGAAGAAACACUGGGCUAAACUAAUUCAGCGAACCAAAAACUCAAUGCCAAUAGCAGAUGAUCUGUGGUCAAAGAACAUGAUUGGUGAAGAAGAGCACUCCAGAAUAACAGCUGAAACAACUGAACAGGACCGAAUGAGAAAACUACUGAAAGCAGUCAUCCCCAAAGGACCAGAAGUGACGGGAGCUUGUCUCAAAGCUCUCGUUGAACAUGAAAACCAUCUUGUUAAGGACUUGAGUGAAUCUAGAACCUAAUCUGAAGACGCUGAGGCCUGUCUCCUAGUCUGU